AUGGCUUUAGCACUGUUAAGUGUCAACAUUUGUCAGUUCAGUGGCUGCGGACUUAACUUUGGAAACCUCCAUGAUUUGCUUCAGCACAUCGAGGAGACACAUAUCCCUAUAAUCGAGGAUGAAAUGAAGAAGAAAGAAGAAAAUGCUAAAAACUCUUCUCUGGACGAUGAUCCUUCGAAAGCUGCGGCAUUAACCGCUGUUUUUCCAAUAAGCACAAUUUGCAAGUUAUUUUCAAAACUUCCUCCUCAUAAAGCAGUUCCGAUUAAUCCCGAACCUGUGAAGCUUGCGAUUGGCCACUACAGGAAAAAAACAUUAGCGUCUGCAGUUGUCGGUGCGAAUGUUUUUGGACAAGCUGGAGACAAAUCACGUUUUGAUCAACAUGAUGAAGAAUCAAAUGAUUUAUACAGAAACGAGGACUGUGAUGACUAUGAGCAGGGCACGGAUGAAAGGCGACACAAAUGUCCAGUUGAAGGAUGCAACAAACGAUACAAGAAUCUGCAAGGAGCACGUUAUCAUGCGCGUCAAGUACAUGGCUAUAGUGAGGAUAACGGCACCAAUAAUGCAGUAUCGUUUGACUUGACUGCUGUGGUGCCUGGACAAGUUGCGCCACUGAUUCAGUCCGGUACACCUAGUAAAUAUGCAAAUUUGCGUCCUUACAAAUGUAGUCAAUGUUCGAAGCGUUACAAAACUACUGUUGGAUUAAAUAACCAUGUGCAACAGUCACAUCAACGUAUUAAUAAUGCUGGAAAUCCUGCUAUGUCAACAAAUUUAGUACCGGUUUCGCCCUCAGCUGUCUCAAUUUCAACAACACAUAAUAACGUUGCAUCACCGGCGGCUUCCACUUAUGUGACUCCUGAAGGUGAUGAACAUGUAGCGGCACCAUCGGGUUAUUUGACAUCGACAGUUCAAAAUGCAACGCAAGUUCGAAUUAACACACAGCCUUUGCCGUCUCUUGCACCAGUUACUGGACAGCAAUACCAGCAGCAGAUGUCUCAUCCUACUAAUGUAACAAAGCUUGUGUCGACAGUUAAUGGUAUGAUGACGAGGAAUAUGAAUGCUCUGUCAUCAUAUGGUCCACCAACAAGUGAAUCGCUGAAUCCAGUCAUAUCUCGACCGGAUACGCCACAGGUCACUGAUUUUUGUGUUCAAAUGAAUAAAAGGCACUAA